AUCCUCAAAGGUUUGUGCAGUGCCUGGCACAUGGUCAGUGCUCAAUGAAAAUUUAUGGAAGGAAUGAACAAAGAAAUGAACAAAUGAAGGUCAUAGUGACUUGCCCAAGGUCAAUAUGAGAAGGCUGAAACCGCAGCCAGGAAUUCAGAUUACUAGCCCUCUCAGCAAAGAGCUUGUCCAGGAUUGUUCUGAAAUGGGAACCAAAGCAACUUCACAAUUCAGCAAGUCCAGUUUCUCAACCCUAUCAUUUUCAAUGAUUAUAUUUAUUCAGCAAGAGAUCCUACCCUUCCCUCAGCUGCGUUCCACCAUGCCCAAAGCACUGCUGCUGUGUGUUGCCCUGGUGCUACUCGGGCCUAUCCAUGGAGCCACACUGAGAAACAGGGAGAAAUGGAAGCCGCUCAGCAACCCCAGAAAUCGAGACCUGUUUUUCAGAACUCUUCAGGCAUAUUUUAGGGGAAGAGGUCUUGACCUUGAAAGGUUUGAAGAUACUUUCUCCGCGAAUGGGAACCCCAGCCCUCUCUCUUUGCAGCCUGAACUUCUUGCCUCUGCGUUUGCUGAUUAUGAAGCGCAGAAAAACUCCUUUCCCAACGACCUCAAAGGCUGAAUGUUUCUUCU